GCCCCGACCGGGAUGGCGGCCGUUUUGGAGUCGCUACUGCGAGAGGAGGUGUCGGUCGCAGCCGCGGUGCGGUGGAUCGCGUGCUGCACCCAGAAUUCAGAGGAUGACUCCGGGGAGGCGGCCGCGCUGAGCUCACUCCGGCCACUACGGAAGGAAUUCGUGCCGUUCCUGCUGAACUUCCUGAGGGAGCAGAGCAGCCGUGUCCUCCCGCAGGGCCCCCCAACCCCCGCCAAGGCCCCGGGCUCUUCGGCAGCCCUGCCAGGGAGGCCCGGGGGCCAGCCGCGGGGCGGCCGCGGGGCGCGCAGCCAGCUCUUCCCUCCGACCGAGUCUUCGAGCGCCGCCGCCACAACCGAGGCCCCUUUGGUCCGCCGCGGGGGCAGGAGGCGGGGCCCGGGGCCGGCCCGCGAGCGAGGUGGCCGCGGCCCCGGGAGCCUGGAGGAGGGAGUCAACGGGGAGAGUCUGUGCUGGGCAGGGGGCCGGAGGCCUAGGGCCUCUGGCAGCCCCGGCAGCCCCAGCCUCACGCGCUCUGAUCCGCCAAACCUCAGCAACCUGGAGGAGUUCCCUCCCGUAGGCUCCGUUCCCCCCGGCCCUGCAGGCAGGACGAAGCCUUCACGCAGGAUCAACCCAACUCCGGUGAGCGAAGAGCGAUCACUCUCCAAGCCCAAGACUUGCUUCACCUCACCCCCAAUCAACUGUGUCCCCAGUUCCCAACCUUUAGUUCUGGACUCUAGCCCUUGGGGCCAUGGCCUUCCCCCAGGGUGCAGAAGUCUGCAAGAGGAGCGGGAGAUGCUCAGGAAGGAGCGCUCUAAGCACCUGCAACAGUCACCUGCUCCCACCUGUCCCACUUCAGAAUUGGGGUCUCCCCUCCCCAGUCGGACAGGAAACCUCACAGCUGAACCCGCUGACCCUGCCAAAGUGUCUUUCCGCCAGCGCCUGCAGCUGGUAGCCCUUGUCUACUCUUCAUGCAUUGCAGAAAAUCUGGUGCCAAACCUCUUCUUGGAGCUUUUCUUCGUCCUUCAGCUCCUUACUGCCCGGAGGAUGGUGGCUGCCAAGGACAGUGACCUUGAACUGAGUCCAGGAACCGUAGAUUCCCUGGAAAGCCCACUCUUCCAGAGUGUCCAUGAUUGUGUCUUCUUUGCAGUACAGGUUUUGGAGCAUCAGUUUCAAGUUCUUUCCUGCCUGGACAAAGGGACCUUGAAGCUAUUGGCUGAGAAUGAGCGGCUGCUGUGCUUCUCACCAGCUCUGCAAGGCCGCCUCCGAGCUGCCUAUGAGGGCAGUGUUGCCAAGGUCUCUCUGGCGAUGCCACCCUCUGUUCAAGCUGUCUCCUUUCAGCCAGAGACUGACAACCGUGCCAACUUCUCCAGUGACCGCGCCUUUCACACUUUUAAAAAACAGAGGGAUGUAUUUUAUGAGGUGCUUCGCGAGUGGGAAGACCGUCAUGAGGAGCCUGGCUGGGACUUUGAGAAGGGCUUGGGCAGCAGGAUCAGAGCCAUGAUGGGCCAACUCUCUGCAGCCUGCAGCCACAGUCAUUUUGUUCGGCUUUUCCAAAAACAACUUCUCCAGAUGUGUCAGAGUCCUGGUGGUGCUGGGGGCACUGUCUUGGGUGAGGCUCCAGAUGUGUUAAGUAUGCUUGGAGCUGAUAAGCUGGGGCGGUUGCGGCGCCUACAGGAACGGCUUGUGGCCCCUCAGAGCAGUGGGGGGCCUUGCCCACCCCCCUCCUUCCCAGGCUGCCAGGGAUUCUUCAGGGACUUCAUCCUGAGUGCCAGCAGCUUCCAGUUUAAUCAGCAUCUCAUGGAUAGUCUGAGUUUGAAGAUACGGGAACUCAACGGCCUUGUUCUGCCUCAGCCUGAGCCUAGUGAUGAAGAUGGGGAGUCAGACGUGGACUGGCAGGGUGAACGGAGGCAGUUUGCUGUGGUGCUGCUCAGCCUGAGGCUUCUUGCUAAAUUCCUGGGCUUUGUGGCUUUCCUGCCAUACCGGGGGUCUGAACCACCCCCGACCCGUGAGCUCCAGGACUCCAUUCUGGCCCUGAGAAGCCAGGUGCCCCCAGCCCUGGAUGUGCGGGUUCUGCUGCAGCAGGGGCUGCGCGCGCGUCGGGCGGUGCUCACAGUGCCAUGGUUGGUGGAGUUCCUUUCUCUCGCCGACCACAUUGUGCCCUUGCUGGACUAUUACCGCAGCAUCUUCUCUCUCCUGCUCCACCUACACCGGAGCUUGGUCUUGUCGAAGGCAGGUGAUGGGGAGAUGUGCUUCCUGAACAAGCUUCUGCUGCUUGCUGUUCUGGGCUGGCUGUUCCAGAUUCCCACAGUCCCUGAGGACCUGUUCUUUCUGGAAGAGGAUCAGUUGGAUGCCUUUGAGGUGGACGCAGUAGUUUUAGAGCAUGGCUUGGAUGACGUGCCUGUGGUGGACCAGCACCUGCUCUACACCUGCUGCCCCUAUAUCGGAGAGCUCCGCAAACUGCUCGCUUCAUGGGUAUCGGGCAGCAGUGGGCGGAGUGGGGGCUUCGUGAGGAAAAUCACCCCAACCACCACCACCAGCCUGGGAGCCCUGCCUCCGCGGACCACCCAGGGACUGCAGGCACAGCUGGCCCAAGCCUUCUUCCACAACCAGCCACCCUCCCUGCGCAGGACUGUGGAGUUCGUGGCAGAGAGAAUUGGCUCUAACUGUGUCAAACAUAUCAAGGCCACGCUGGUGGCAGAUCUGGUGCGCCAGGCAGAGUCGCUUCUUCAAGAGCAGCUGGUGACGCAAGGACAAGAAGGCGGAGACCCAGCCCAGCUGUUGGAGAUGUUGUGUUCCCAGCUGUGCCCCCAUGGGGCCCAGGCAUUGACCCAGGGGCGGGAGUUUUGCCAAAAGAAGAGCCCUGGUGCCGUGCGGGCACUGCUCCCCGAGGAGACCCCAGCUGCUGUUCUGAGCAGUGCAGAGAACAUUGCUGUGGGGCUUGCAACAGAGAAAGCCUGUGCUUGGUUGUCAGCCAACAUCACAGCGCUGAUCAGGAGAGAAGUGAAAGCUGCAGUGAGCCGUGUGCUUCGAGCCCAGGGUCCUGAACCGGCUGCCCGGGGGGAGCGGAGGGGCUGCCCCCGUGCCUGUGAGCACCAUGCUCCCCUCCCCUCCCACCUCAUCUCCGAGAUCAAAGAUGUAUUGUCUUUGGCCUCAGGCCCCCGGGACCCUGAGGAGGGAGUGUCCCCAGAGCAUCUUGAGCAGCUCCUAGGCCAGCUGGGCCAGACACUGCGGUGCCGCCAGUUCCUGUGCCCACCUGCCGAGCAGCAUCUGGCAAAGUGCUCUGUGGAGUUAGCAUCCCUCCUUGCUGCAGACCAAAUUCCUGUCCUCGGGCCCCCGGCGCAGCACCGGCUGGACAGAGGGCAAGCUCGAAGGCUCCUGCACACGCUGCUUUCCUUGUGGAAGGACGACUUUCAGGUGCCUGUUCCGCUGCAGCUGCUGCUGAGCCCAAGAAACGUGGGACUUCUGGCAGACACUCGGCCUAGGGAGUGGGACCUGCUGCUGUUCUUGCUCCGGGAGCUGGUAGAAAAAGGUCUAAUGAGACGGUCAGAGAUAGAGACCUGCCUGGACAGCCUCCGUGAGGCCCAGUGGCCAGGGGACUUCGCUGAAGAAUUAGCAACACUGUUCAACCUGUUUCUAGCUGAGCCCCAGAUGCCAGAACCCCAGCUAAGAGCUUGUGAGCUGGUGCGGCCAAACCGGGGGACUGUGCUAGCCCAGAGUUAAAGUGGGGAAGUGGCCCUGCUGUCUCAUCAGAACCCUCAGAAGGAAGCCCCUGCCACCCCAAGUGCCCCCUGCUGACCCUGCUGGGGCAGGAGUAGCUGAAACCAGGCUGCUUGCUCCGUGUGAAGGAAGUGUGGCUGCCUGACCUCCCACCGACUGUAGGCCCGCCACCUAGAGGAAGGAGGAGGGUUCACCUGAAUCAGGAUUAUAGUGGAAAAGCCCAGAGACUCCAGUCCUGCAGCAGAACAGUUGGCGAUUAUGACUUGGAGACUAAAUGAAAUGACGUGUGUGGACUUGAGUGCCACUUACUGCUGUCCCAGCAUCUCUUAAGGCUGUGGUCUGGGAAAUCAUGACAGAGGCAAAUGACUUUGCUUAACUUGUGAGUAAAGUUAAAAACAUGAAUCUUGGGCGUCUACAUUCUCUUACCACCAGGAGCUGGACUGCUGUCUCCUUAAAAAUGCACAACAGAUGAGGUGGGUCCUCCCGACAGAAACCCGGCUCGCCCCCUGCACACUCCAGCUUCAGUCCUGUGCAGGUAGUAACAACCCUAGCUCCAUCCAGGGGCCAAGCACAGGAUAGAACACUAGAGCUUUUUAAAAUAAACUCUUUUUCUUUACCGAGGGCUUCAUGUCUAGUUAUUUUCACCUGAUUCUUCCCUGUAAAAGGCUGCAGUCUCGGGUUUGGCUUGGAGGUGGGCGUUGAUGGCAGAGCUGUACCAAUGGCGUGGCCACCCAGUGAUGACUACCUGUUCCAGCACAUGAGACCCUCCAAGCUAGAAGGCCUGGGGUCCGGUAAUUCAUUGCUGACAAUACUGGCUGCUGUGCAACUCCCUUGAAAGGUUUAGUAUGUUUCAGAUAGGUUUCCACUCACCAGAUACUCCCUACUCAACUAGAUGGUGGGGCAGCUCUUAUUAUGCUUGUUAGGGCUGUGGAGGGUGGGGGUGAUUUGGCUCAGAACAAAAGCAUUCUACAUGUCUAUAAAUGAUCCACUGGUUUUUGACGAAGAAAACACUGCCUUGAUAAAUGUGCAUUAAGUUCAUUCCUGUAAAAGUCACGGUUUUUCUACUUUGGCCUUGUGUUGAGAUUCAGGCUCUGCUGUGUUAAAAGGUACCCAGGGAAUCCUACUGAAAUGGCUUACAAAAUCCUGUCUAUGCAUACCUGUGCAUUUCUCUGGGGACAUUUUCGGAGAUCUCCACCCAAGGAAGGGUACGAGUCUCAGCCCAGAAGGCUCUGCCAUGUGACUUAGGAAAGCUGGCAGGGCGCCCUUCCUCACAUAGGUGUGGCUGAAGGAAGGCACUGUCCCAGGAGGCUGAGCCCUGAGGUAAGCAGCAGCUACUUCAGACACAAAGCUCCGAGUGAGGUGGGAUGGACAGGCAAGCAGGAGAAAGCCUGAAGGCCAAGGAUGCUGGGUUAGAGGCCGCUCGGUUAAAUGGAGCACGGGCCCACUUCAGGAAAUCAGCGCUGGCCUGUGUGAACCUUACCCACGCUAGGCCGUAAGGUAACCUAGGAAUUAGAGACAGGCAGCCAAUGAGCUAGUGAACUAACAAGGUUCCUUUCUAUAUAUCUGCUCUCCGUUAUGUGUUAAAAAACAGUGGCUUUCAAAGUGGGGCCCAGCCUGGGGUGUAACAAGUUCUUCAGGUGAUUUUGAUGUACAUGAAUGAAGUCCGAGAAACGCCUGUCUAAACCAAAAUCUGACUUCAUCAUGACCAUGGAGGCCUCUGCAUUUUGCUACAGGCCUGGCGUGUGCCUUCUCUAGCAAGGGGCCAAGGUCACCUCUGGGCUACCCAUAUGUUUGGAUUUCCAUUGCUGGCUCUGCCUCAGAAGCCCCAGAGGUGCACACCCGUUAAAGAGCUUCAUUCCAGGGGACCAUGGUCACCGUUAGGUGUGGCAAUGACUUCUGGAAUCCUCCCUCAUUGUUCGUUUUUGGGGCUACAGCUGGCUAUAAUUGGACAACUAAUCUGGUUGCUAUUUACGUGCCUUUAAAGCAGUGCCGAGCUCGGAGGCGCUCAGUAUACCCAUGUAAACUGUGUAACUUGAAACUGGGCCACGAGGAGUUACUGCCAUUAUAAUCUUCAGGCUAAAUUCUGAGCUCAAGUGACACACUUAGGCUACCUUCACUAAUAAAAGUACAUAUCAGAAUUUUAAUUUAUAAGUGUUCUGAUUGUUUCAAUCAACAGUCUUGAUAAGUGAUUUAUAUGAAAAUAGAUGGGAGUACAUAAAUAGCAUGUUAAAUAUACCAAGUGUCACCAAAAAAAUUAACCAGAAAAAUAAAAGUUUAAAGGCAAUUAAAAACUUU